UUGCUGGACGACUGCGUGCCCGGAAGCUUCGCCGACGCUCGCCACCCGCUGCGGCCAGCGCGCCGUCGCGCCGGGCGCCAGCCCGGCGCUGAACGCGGCCCGGGGGCGGUGCGGAGGCGCGGGCAGCCCCCGCCCGGCCCUCCGCCCCGCCACCUCCACCCGGCCGCCAGCGCCACCCGAAAGCGCAAGAAGCGCCAUGAGAGCUGCGGCUCGGCCCAGGAGCGCAAGGUCGUCAGAUCAAACUCAGAAGAGAGACCUCUGGAGAAUGGUGUGACACGUUCAAAAGAGAGCAUUCGACGUGUCAGUAGCCAUGAAGAUUUCUCUUCUGUCCGUACAAACAACAAACAUCAUCAUAAAUCCAAGCACCAUCACCACCACCAUCAUAGCAACAAAAUUGAAGACAGUGAAGGUGUUUGCAUGACACUUGGCGACGGAGACAGCAGCAGUACAACUAGUGGAAACACAAGCAGUAGCAGUGCUACUACCACUACAACUACCACGACUACAGCAUCAGCUAAUAAUAAUCUCAAUAAUAGUAAUAACCACAACAAGAGUUUCUUAUCAGAAGUCAUUGAUACCAAUAUGGGACAUGGAGUGCGUAUGUCGGGCAUGCCCCUGCACGAGCGCAACGAGAGCCAGACUCUCUCUGAGCACCAUAGCCAACACGGGUCUGUGGAGAGAGAGGAGGAUGAGUUGACGGAGGAGAGCGAACAUGAGAGGCGGCGGAGCAGUGAGCGCUUUGCCCGAGCAGCUGGAAUGUCUCGAGGUCGCCGUAACAUUGGAAGGCGGCGGCGACCCACCCACUCCAAAUCAAGUGGUCCAAGUAGUUCAUCUCCUGCAGAGGACACUGAUGGAGGCAGCUCUUCAAAGGAAAAUGAGGAUCAAGACUGCAACUUAUCAAGGACAGCCCAUCAAAUGCAGGCUGCCCUGUCAUCUGAUGAAGAAGGCAAUAGCUCACGUUCAAGUUCAUCUCAUUCCUUCCUGCAACUUCACCCACAGGAACAGGAGCGGGUACCUUCGCCGGAACCCAGUCCUGGCAUUGUGGGUGGUCCUCCUCCUCUUGACCUGACCACACUUCACCAGCAAGUGGGUGGUGCAGAGCCCCUGACGUCUCGAGCAACCUGGAGCCGUGAAGGAGGCGAACAUGAGGAGAUGAUUGCUAGCAGUCGAGUGAUGUUGUCUCCCCGCAACUCUCUUAUUCUGAGUCGGCGUGUGUACUUGGAUACCAAUGUUCCUCCAUCUCCACCUCAUGAACGAGAUGGCGUUGCGGUGCAGGUUGCCCAAGCAAGACUGAAACAACUGGGAAAGCAGAUGAGUAGUAUGAAGAAAAAGUUGAAGCGUUUGGAGGAGGAUUUCGAAAAGGAGUAUGGGUACAGACCUUCUCAUGCAGAAAAGGCAACAAAUAAGGAAAUGAAGAAAUUGUGUACAGAACUAAGCAAAAUUCGCAAGGAAAUGAAACAACUGAAAGAAGAUCCUCAUAAUGCUGACAUCCAGACCCAGGGAGAGGAAAAUGAUAAAAGUGGGGUGGCCAGCUCUAGUAAGAAAGCAGCUCUGACAAUGGAAGAGGCUUUGCAUGAAGUUGAGCAAGUCUUGGCUGAAAAGAGGAAGCAUGCUGGUCGGCCGGAGGAAUUGGACGAUCUGAGCCGUGAGCAGCUGCUUGAGGAGAAAGUGGCUGUGCAGAAGGGUCUUCUUCAUUUGGAGGAUAUGUAUGGCAGGCCAGUCACCAAAGGAGACCGUGAUCUUGUCAGACCGCUGUAUGAUCGUUACCGAAUGCUGAAACGCAUGGUUAUUCGGACAGCACCUUCAAAAAUGAAGGAUAGCAUCUCAGAACUGGCCACUAUUCAUGAACAUGAAACCAUGGAUUUCACGAGCUCUCCUCCUUCAUUGGCUGCUGCUGAUGAUGAGGACUCUCAGGACACAAACAUUACAACAGCUGCCGCAGCAGCAGCAGUGGUAACUGCAGGUCCCCCUCCCUCCAUGUGUCUUUCCGAGUCAUCGGAAGCUCUGUGGAAGAAUUUGCACUCUUUGUCAUUGUCAGAGUUGUUGAGUCAGCAACGAUCAACAAGAGAGGAGAAGAAACGAUUAAGGCGCUCUCUACGUGAUUUUGAAGAGGACUUUCAGCAUCGUACUGGGAAGAAAUUGCAGCGUGAAGAUCGGCUGCCUAUGGAAGGAGUAUACUCAUCAUACAAACAGGCGAAAGCCAAACUCCGCUUGCUUGACGCACUAGUCUCCAAAGUCUCAUCAUAAUGAUUGAGCUGUCCUGCCAAUGAACAUCUGUGAGAACAGCUGCAAUUGAAAAAGUUUAUCUAUUUAAGCAAAGUGCAAAUGGGUGCUCUUUAGUUCAUAUGAAAUUAAGUUUAUAAGAAAAGUGAAGGAACAUGAUGGCUCUAAGUGGUUGCGUGAAUGUGUUAUUACUUUAUCAAGAACUGUGUUGAGCCAUAUUUAUCAAAUAUUUAUGCAUUCAGUGUCCGGUGCACUUCCACAAGUUCAAGAAGAAACAGUAUGCAGUAAAAGACAGUGCACACUUAGCAAGGCCUAUACAAGUAUUCAUGAUUUGUUGUUGCUGUGCUUGUAAUACAGUCCUUGGAAGGCUAAUAUAAUAUUCAAACUUUUAUGGUGAAAAUAUUAUUUUAAUAGAACUGUUAAAUUAUUUCACCAUUGAUGAAAUUGUUAGACAUUUGGUUAAAAAAUUGCUGACAUGUGAAGAUAUUCAGCUUUAAAAGUAUUAUUUAAUUUCUUUAAUAUGUUAAUAUUUAUUCAAACAUCAACAUUUGUAUAUGAGUGCACUGCAUGAAUAUUCCAUACAGAUUGAUAAUGGACAGACAAAUAAACUUAUUUUUAGUGUUUUGGUAUUCAUAGAAAGAACAUGAACAAUGCAACAGUAGAGUAGAGUUAUCUUGGUCAGGACAAACAUUUUCUACAGUUUGUGCAUAUUUUGAGAAGUUUGUCUGUUAAAGAAAGGAGAUCAUUUGGUGUUCAUUGCUCUCUGCCAAUGCAAGGAGACCAUGAAUUGAAACUUGAUCUGCCCCUUUGUAUUUGGUUGGUCAUUGUGAGUCUGAGUAAAAUAAUCAUGAUUUGUUUAUCAUGAUAUAACAUUUCUGAUAUGGAUCUGCAGUCAUAUGGCAGGUCUCUUUCUUCUAUGGUCAUUAUAGACAAAGACUUACAAGAAUUGACUGAUUUACUGCACAUACUUGCUUCUGUUAAUAUAAUUUUUGAAUAAGAAAAGUGAUGUCUUCAAUCACUUCCUUUGAAAUAUUUGGUUUUUGUUCAAUGCAUUGCACUUGAAGAGUAAAUUUUCAUUAAUGUUGGUAACAGUAUGCAUGAUAGUAUUUUCUUACCAAUAAUUUCUCUUUUUUUUAACUGAGCAAAUGUGAAGACGAUAAGUGCUUAGUCAUUAAACUUGCAGUUAGUUAUGUAGAUUCACAGUACUUCAAAAAAAUAUAAUGGAACAAUGAGGGCCAAUUGGAAUUGAAAUUUCCGUUAAAGUAAUUACAAGGAUCAUGAAAACAACAUUCAAAUGUGAAUUCCAUUUAGCACAGUACUCUUGUACUUUUCACUUGCAUAUCUUUGAAGAGUAUCUGCUGAAAUAAAAACAUUAUAUGGGCUCUUAUGCAUUAGAUGUUAAGAAAUUAAAAUGGAUGUUUUGUUAAAUUGAAAAUAUUUGUAUGGCAAUAAGUAUAAUUUCACUUAAAUAUUAUGUAUGUUUCAUGAUGGAUAUUCAAUUCCCUCUAAAAGUAGACAUUAAGCCCAAAAUUUAAUGUUGUAGACUGUGCUGUUUCUAAUGAGUUCCUCAUAUGUAAGAAUAUUACAGAAGGAAGAGAGAAAAAACUUCCACCGGAAGUUAUAGUUUUGGAGCUUUUAACACAUUCAUGGAGAAAAUACAUUGCUUCUCCAAGUUCUUAAUGAUUUACAGAAGGUUGCAAAUUCUUGAUGUGCUGAGAGUGUUGCUACUUUGCUGUAUUUAUAUGAAGUUACAAUGUCAAAUGAACAUGUUCUUUAAAAAAAUGAUAAGUACCCUAACGCAGAUUUGAUUUCAGAUAUUACAUACAGAUUGCAUGUUCUAUGGUAUAGGUUUUAUAGUAAAGUAGGGCUGUGUAAGUGUAUUAAAAUUUAAAUGUUGACAUGGUGACAUUUGUGACAAAUGUAGCUUCUUAGUAUUGUUGGUGUUACAGCUUUCAGUGGAAAUAGCCUUGCAGUAGACCUGUCUCUCUCACUUAUUUGUCAUACAUCAGUAUUAAAUAUUCAUUCUUAAAAUAUUGUUUAUAUUCAAUAUCAUACUUCCUGUAAGUAAAAGAUCUGAGCCUUAAUGUUCAGCUAACAAUGAGUAACCUGUUUGAAGCUUUGAAAACAUCUGCUUCAAAAUGUGAUGCCAUGUACUUAAAGUAUUUUCAUCAAAAGCCCAUUCUGACCAUAUAUGAAAAUACCACUAUUAAGAAAAUAGAGUGAAUUUGCUUUCUGUUGUACAUCUUUAUCAAUUUUCUUUUCUUUUUUAAAAAAGAAAUCUAUCUUUAUUCUGGAGAUGUGGCUGAACCAACAGUGAAAUUAUUGUGCAUUGCCCAUUAAUGCUUUGUCAUGGGUAACUGUUGUACAAAAUUCUAUCUACAUACAACAGUAACAGCACUUAAUGAUAUGAACAUCUGUACAUAAUUUGUCAAAUGUUCAUAUUUCUUCCUAAAAAGGAAGUUGAGAAUCUCUGCCUCUUGAGCAAAGAACGGUGUGUUUAAGUAAUGUGUGACAGUGAAUCUGAGAGAAAAGCAUUGUUAACAGUAUGUGAAAGUCUGUUUACUCAAUAUGAGGCAACUUCUGAAAAAUAGAAACAAAUGUGGAAUUGCAACAUUGUAUAAUUUGUUGCUUCUGUAAUGGCGUAUAUCUUAUGUAACAGAGUGUCCUAUUUUUAUAGGUAAACAAUUGUACAAGAGGUAGAAACUUGGUUAAGUUUCCAAGACUAUUAUUUAUGUGCUUAAUUUUAAAAACACACAUCAUGUGAAUAAUAGACUGACUAUAUUACAUAUAUGUAUCUUUAGUACAAUAUAUUAUUGUAUUUAUGUAGCCUACAUCAUGAUUUCAUAUUACAUUACCUUGUGCUUGCAUUUUCUUGGGAGGGUGGGGUGGGUAUAAAUCAAUAAUGGACACAUGUUACUGUUGAUUGUGUGGACAAAACCUAAUUUGGCUCUAUGGCAUUGUGGAAGGAUAAAAAUGAGAAACAGAAAUUGAAAAUUCUCUCACAAAGAGUAUAGUUCAUCAAUUAAAAAGGAUUUACAGUUAGAAAGAGAUCAUUUGUGUAUCAUAAAUGAAAUUGUACUUACUAAACAAAGUUUCAAGAUUGAAAUAUGUGAAGAUAGGUGUUUAAUCUUAAUAAAUGAAAUAUUCAAAUUAAUCAAAAAUGUGAUAUGAAAAUGAAUAAGAAUAUCAUUAAUGCUUAAUAAAUGUUUUGGUAGAGAUUGUUAUGAUUCUGUUUUCUGUUAUUGAACAUUGUUCCAUGAAAAUAGAAAUUAGUUACACCUGAAAAAUGAUAUUAAUUUCAGAACAAUGGUAUAUCUUAUUAGUCCUACAUUGUGAAAUAUCUAACAAAUAAUUUACACUUUCAGCUGCAGUAAAUACAAAAAUAAUUUUUAAUUUGUUUUCCACUUUGCCACAGUGCUGUUCAUUUGCUGUAUUAUAUUUCAUUUGGCCAUGGGCAGUACUGUUUAAUUUUUUAUAUAUAUUUGUAGUAAUAAUGUCUUCUUUGUGAAGAUAUAUAGUUAUGUUUCAUUAUUGAAACUCCAAAUAAUAAUUAUAGUAAUGAUAAUAAUUAAAAAACGAUUACUUGUACAUAAAAUAUAUUCUGGUCAGAUAGAAUAUUGUUAUCACGAUUUUAAAUUUAUUUAGAAAAUAUGUAAAAUGCUGUAUGCUUGGGUGAAUGAUUUCAAAACUUGUUUUUUGAAGUAGUUAUUUUAUUACUGUUUGACCUGUGUUUUUGGUUGUUAUUUCUUGUUGUAAUUUCCUAUAAAUUUGUCUAUGGAUGCAUUGAACACUUCAUGCACAAAGUUUGUUGCUUUGGAAAUCUACAGUAAAGAAUGUAUUGUAGCUACAACGGUGUGUGGGGAAAUUCUCUAUAUUGUCACAUUUCUAUCAAGAGAAGCAGCAUUUUGCUCAUUUUUUUAGAUAUGUGGAUUGUUGAAGCCUAAACUGGAAUCUGAAAAUUCACUUUUUAAAAAUUGAGUUAGUCUCUUUAAUAAAGAGUUUUUUUAUAUGGAAA